AUUACCCCGCCAAUUAUAUCGGUUAUCGAUAACAACCUAAGCCGCCAGAACUGCAGUUGACGUUCACUUUCAUUUUGACGGUGGUCUGGGAUUGUAAAAAGCUUGUAAAGGUUACUGUGCAUAUUUUCCAAAUACUUAGUCGACGUUAACUGGAAAUCAAUUCAAGGGAUUCCCAGAAAAUCAAAUUCCUCAAAAAGAUUACUACUGAUAAACUACCUGAGGGCCAUGGAUACUGAUUUGAUUCACAAGAAUUCUUUCGAUUCUGAGGACGCCUAUGCUGCGGAACAAGUAGAAUGGCUACUGCAGUGGAACAAUCAUUUGUGCCUGGAAAGCGACGUGGGUGCUACGGCUUUGCAAAUGCAGCUGAUUUCUGUCAAUUCCCUGAAGGAAAAACUUAAACUGAAGUUGGAUGAACUAGGUGAGAUGCUAGGGGAUGCUUGUUCCAGCCUGGAGCACCGUAGUACUAACAAGUUAGACGACGAAUUUCAAACUCUGAAAGCCAAACUGGAGGAAACUGAGAAUAAAAUCCACUUGUUGAUAGAUCGGGACCUGGAACUAAGGAGGAAAGUUGAACAGUUGACUCAUGAACUUCAUUUCGUUACAUUGCAAAAGGAUCAACUCACGAUUGAACGUGAUGGGAUGAUAUUGAAAUUGGAGGAGCAGGAGUCCGACUACAAAGGUAUGGUGGCUAAACAGGAUCAGCAGAUCCGUUCUAUGCAGGUCAUCAUAUCGGAGUCGCAGCAUGAAAUAUGCCAAAAGGAGGCAUUGCGCCGCCAAUUGCUCGUGGAUCUCGAAGGGCAGGAGCAAGUGCAUCUUCAACAAAUGGAGGCACAGAGGCAGAGUCUGGUGGAGAACAACGAGGACAGCAUCACAUGCUCCAUAUGCUGGGUGACCUGGGACGCGGAUGGAGACCAUCGGGUCGUCUCUCUGGCAUGUGGCCAUCUAUUCGGCAACUCGUGCAUUCGAAAUUAUCUAAUGCGAAGUGAGAGCUGCCCGAUUUGCCGACAGGCAGCGAAUGUCCAACAUAUUCGCUUUAUCUUCGGUCGUCACGUUAUACCAAACCAAACCCAGUAAUUUGGAUAUGCAUAAUACCGAACAAUCAGCGCACUAAAUGAAACUCAGGAAAGAAAUAUAUAUGACUGUUUCCUUGUAUACAUUUCGUAUUCUUCGGAAGCUUUUAUUACUUAAAAAAUGCAAGGCAAGCAUAAUUUUUGUUUUCUUACAAACAUAUGAACAAUUUUAAUUGAACAUACAAAGCUGGGACAACGUGAACAACGAGAAUAUUUGGAUUUUAAGUUUGUGUUAUUUUGAAUUCCAUUGUAUUUAAGCUGUAGUUUUCAUACAAAUAUUUUAAGAAUGUUUGUUUAUGUUACAAAUUGUUUUUUGAAAUCUGUUGCAGAGCGUUUAAAAUGCAGUUUCAAAACGUUUGUUACCAACCUGUGCGUCUAAUGAAAUAAAAACAAACUCCAAAAA